CAACCCCUUGCCUGCGUGUGACGUCAGAAUCGCCAUGGCCAGCUAUCUGAACCAGCAGGGCUGCCCAGGAGCUGCAGGACAAGCACCAGGAGCCCCUCCGGGUAGCUACUACCCUGGACCCCCCAAUAGUGGAGGGCAGUAUGGCAGUGGGCUACCCCCUGGUGGUUAUGAGGGUCCUGCCCCUGGAGGACCUUAUGGACCACCAGCUGGUGGAGGGCCUUAUGGACACCCCAAUCCUGGGAUGUUCCCCUCUGGAACUCCAGGAGGACCAUAUGGCGGUGCAGCUCCAGGGGGCCCCUAUGGUCAGCCACCUCCAAGUUCCUAUGGUGCCCAGCAGCCUGGGCCUUAUGGACAGGGUGGCGCCCCUCCCAAUGUGGAUCCUGAGGCCUACUCCUGGUUCCAGUCGGUAGACUCAGAUCACAGUGGCUAUAUCUCCAUGAAGGAGCUAAAGCAGGCCCUGGUCAACUGCAAUUGGUCCUCAUUCAAUGAUGAGACCUGCCUCAUGAUGAUAAACAUGUUUGACAAGACCAAGUCAGGCCAUAUCGAUGUCUACGGCUUCUCAGCCCUGUGGAAAUUCAUCCAGCAGUGGAAGAACCUCUUCCAGCAGUAUGACCAGGACCGCUUGGGCUCCAUUAGCUACACAGAGCUGCAGCAAGCUCUGUCCCAAAUGGGCUACAACCUGAGCCCCCAGUUCACCCAGCUUCUGGUCUCCCGCUACUGCCCACGCUCUGCCAGUCCUGCCAUGCAGCUGGACUGCUUCAUCCAGGUAUGCACUCAGCUGCAGGUGCUGACAGAGGCCUUCCGGGAGGAGGACACAGCUGUACAAGGCAACAUUUGGCUCAGCUUCGACGACUUCGUCACCAUGACAGCUUCUUGGAUGCUAUGACCCAACCCAUCUGUGGAGAGUGGAGUGCACCAGGGACCUUUCCUGGCUUCUUAGAGUGAGAGAAGUAUGUGGACAUCUCUUCUUUUCCUGUCCCUUUAGAAUAACAUUCUCCCUUGCUUGAUGCAACACUGUUCCAAAAGAGGGUUGAGAGUCCUGCAUCAUAGCCACCAAAUAGUAAGGACCAGGGCUGCGGCCACACAGGUAGGGGCCUGAUGGAAGAGAGGAUGGAAGUUGAAUGUCCUGAUGGCCAUGAGCAGUUGAGUGGCACAGCCUGGCACCAGGAGCAGGUUCUUGUAAUGGAGUUAGUGUCCAGUUAGCUGAGCUCCACCCUGAUGCCAGUGGUGAGUGUUCAUUGGCCCAUUACCGUUACUACCUGUGUUCCCUCACCAGGCUAUCCUGUCACACGAGCCCAUUUUCUCCAAAGUGGAAUCUGACCAAGCAUGAGAGAGAUCUGCCCAUGGGACCAGUGGCUUGGAUUCCGCCACACCCAUAAAUCCUUGUAUGUUAACUUCUAACUGCCUGGGGCUGGCCCUGCUCAGACAAAUCUGCUCCCUGGGCCUCUCUGGCCAGGCUCUGCCUCCACGGCUGGAAGCCCUCACUUGCCUGGCAUGCUCUGCUCGGCUUCAGUCUCCAGGGGACAGUGGGCACCUCUCCCUGCCAAUACUUUUUUUAAUUUGCAUUUUUUUUUCAUUUGGGGCCAAAAGUCCAGUGAAAUUGUAGGCUUCAAUAAAAGGAUGAAACUCUGGGGAAAAAAAAAAAAAAA